CAGGGGGUGUAGAGUAAGGUGGGUGGAAUCGUAGGCGUGGAGCAGAGGAUAUACAAAUACUACAGCGGCAACGGCAACACACAGGUACGAGGAGCACUUUGCUGUCGGCUUGUGUAUGUCGUGAUACGGUAGACACAGGUAACAGUGGGGAAGGGGAAACUUUGGGAGGGGAGGAGAGGGGAGGGUGCACUCAGGACAGACAAACUGUCGACUGGCCGUGUGCUGAGUUUAUGGUUGGCUGUCGUCAGAGACGGGUGGGUAACGUGCGAAGUAUGUCUUUACUUUUCUGACGACAAGCUGCAGCCUGUCCACGCCGCCCUCCAUGGACAUCGGGCCGAGUCGGUCACCAUUCAGCCAUGACGACACUGACCAACAAUAAACACGUACAUGUUCACUGGAUAUUUCUUCUCUUCCAAGCGCCCAGUCAGCAAGUCUGAAGUGACUGAUGCUACUGAAGUAAGGAAGUCCCCACAGCAGACGUUUACCAGGAACGAGUGACGAGGUUUGGUGACUUCAAUAGCGCCACCCUGCAGGUAGUGACGUCUUUGUCAAGCCGCUCCCAGAGAGCACUCGAUGGUUGUGUCCUCCUGACGUAGUUUCCGGUCGUCGUCAUGCGACCUAUGUCAGCCCCAACCAGGAUCCGAGGACCCCCGCUGUCCUUGUGUGACAUCAUGCGGCUGGGUUAUUUACAGCAGGUGCGCAUGCUGGUGGAGCUGGGCGCGGACAUGGAGGUCAAGGAUGCCAGUGGCCGCACCCCACUCAUGCUGACCGCCUACGUGCAGCCGGAGGACUGGGGGGUGGGCGUGGCCAGACUCUUGAUCGAAAGCGGAGUCAACAUGGCCGCCAGGGACCGGCACGGCAUGAACGUCCUGCACCACGCAUGCGUGUACGAGCGGCUGGAGCUGGCCAAGGUCCUGCUCAGCGCCCUGGACUUCGACAUGACGCAGAGCGACAAGUCCGGCAACACGGCGCUGCACUACGCAGCGAUCGCCGGCAACGUGCGUCUGGUGCAGCUGUUGCUGGACUACCUGGCGCGCUACCGCCUCCCCGCAGAGAAGAUCAACAAACAAGGGCGAUCACCUUUGGACGAGGCCAUCCUUUCGGGAAGUGCCCAGUGUGCGACCCUGCUUAGCGACGUCGUCAGUCGGAGUCAGGCCAUCAGAGGCGACGCCAGCAGUCAGCAAACAACAGCAGACGCCAGCUCCCGAGGAACUUCCGGUAUUCAGCACGCCAGCGUCUCUGUUAUCGACGAAGGGGUAGGGUGGGGUGGUUGUACAGAAGACAACUGGGUGGAAGGUAGCGUGUUCUCUUACAAGUCCGACUACUCUCCGGAUCAGUCGGAACGAGAGUACCCGCAGUUUCAAAACGAGAACGCUUCACCUACGAAAGCUCGCCGAAGCGGCGUUCGACGCCCGCACACGGCAACCACGAAGGGCUGCUUGCCAGGCGGAAGUGACGUAGGCAGCAGCCGGUCUCCUGGUACGACAAACCGCCUCCAGAGGUCGUCUUCGCUGCUGAGUCUGAGAGGCAACGUCGUGGAGACCACGCGGGUCAGUUUCCAUGGGGUCAAGGACGGAAGCACCUUGGACGCCAGAGGCAGCAGCAGCAUCAUCAGCACCAAGACGCCCAUCCCCAGCGCCAGGAGUCUACGGACUUUGCAAAGGGAAAGAACCGUCAUCAGCCGGGGAAAGGUCUCCCCUCCCAAUGAAAAGAAUCCUGAUCUUGUCAUCCAUGUUGUUCCCGAGAGCGACUUCCGCAACGCACCAGAGUACGUACUCAAACUGACUCGCAUGCCCUCUGACCCUUUGGCUUCUGACAGAGAGUCUCUUCCUUCUCUGGUUCACAAACAUCAGCUUCUACUGCCGUAUCAAGAACAAGCCAGCAAAAAGCUGGGGCCCGGCACCUGGAGAGAGGAGAUGCAGGUGUUGUACCGCCACUACGAGAUCCAAUGCUCACCCAACUGGAGGAACGCCGCCCGACAGGUGUUGGACAGUGCGUUCAAUCAAGACGACGGAGAUGACAUCGGGAGCAAGGAGCGCAAACUGCGUCGCCCCUCCCCCAUUAACCGGCAGCUCUUGGGCGCUGACAUCAGCACCAGCAGCAUGAGUGUCAAGCGGAGACCAGGUUCAAACAAGCAACGGAAAAUUUCUGCUUCCAGCCCGCCCGCCGCGUCUGACCAAGUGUCCAGCUCCGAGUCUGUGGUCAGCAACUCGUCCCUGCGGAAAAAGGACAGCACCGGUUCCAGAACUGAGGCAGGGUCUGUGCCUGGAGCUGGCGACGGUGGAGCGAACAGUGGCGCCUCCAGGAGUCUUGCCAAAGUCUCCGUAGAAAGCAGCGGCGGCAGCGGUGGUGUGGCGGAGAUGAACGGCGGAAGCGGAGCGGCUGGCCGCGGGGAGGGAGGCUUCGCCCAGGGGGUGACGUCUUCCGCGUACAGCACCGCAGCCUCAAUGGGGGGAGGAGGACGGAGGGACGCUGGGAGGAGGGCGAGGCGUGUGGGUACCGUCAACAGCCAGGACGUGCCGACCUUGACCGAGACUCUCAUCACCGAUGACGUGGGGGCGGAGGCCUUGAACUCAGAAUCCGUGGAGAUCGACAGCAACCGGCUGACCGUUCUCAGCGACAUCGAUGAAGAUUAGCGCCGUCUGCGAGGUCAAUAGGUCAACGGGUUGAACACUCUGGCCGAGUCUGGACACGACAUGGAAAAUUUUGAAGACAACUCUUGUUUGUUUACUUCCUGAGCCAUGAAAUGCACUUUCAUUUUGACAAACAUGUGCGACCAUGACAUUUUCCUCGGAAAUGAUUUGUGAUUAACUUCUUGAUCACUAGAACAUUAUAAGGACUUAUGACACAACGGAGGACAAUCUGUACUGAUAUACAUACAAGCCACUUUAUAAAACUCAUCUUUAUUUAAAAAAAUAUCGCUGUGAUAUAUUUCAUUAAAGUAAUAUAAACAUAAAAUAUGCUAAACUUUAUACAUCGAAACAAGGAAUAAUGUUUUCUUGACAUUGAGUGAUUGGAUUCAAUUUUAACGUUACUUUUAUUAUUGUUCACUGUAUAUAAUAACAGAACCACAACGGUUGCCAGCAUUAUAAUAAAGUUUCUUAUCUGGAAGUACC